AUUAGUAUUUAAUAAUAUUAAUGUUAUGUUUGAGUUUCAUUGAAGAUAAGAUUGGUUACAGUAUUAGGUUAAUAACAAUAUAAUAUUAUUAGAUAAAUUAUUAAAGUUAAAUCUGAAAAUAUUGUGUUAUAAGAUUUGACUUUUAAAUUUAUAAGUAGAACAAUGACACGACAUGCAAGAAACUGCACUGCUGGUGCAGUUUACACUUACCAUGAGAAAAAAAAAGAUGCUGCCGCUUCUGGAUAUGGGACCCAAAGCGAAAGAGUUGGAAAAGAUUCCGUAAAAAGUUUCGAUUGCUGUAGUCUAACAUUACAACCUUGUAGGAAUCCGGUGGUCACCAAAGAAGGUUACUUGUUUGAUAAGGAAGCUAUAUUGGAAUAUAUCAUAACAAAAAAGAAUGACUACACUCGAAAAUUGAAGCAGUAUGAUAAGCAAUUAAAAAAAGAAGAAAAUGAGAAGAAAGAGUUAGCUGCUGCUGAAAAAGAAGCAAAUUUGGUUAAAUUUAUGAGCAGAGAGAAAACUAUAUCAAAUAAUAAAUACUCAGAUAGAUCUCAGCCCUCAAGUUCAGUGUCGAAUUUAGCUAACGGCAAAAAUAAAGAGUUACCAAGUUUUUGGGUUCCUUCUCAACUUCCUGAUGCAAAAAUUUCAAAACUUGAAAAACCGGAUCCUACUGUUUAUUGUCCAAUAAGUUGUAAGCCUUUGAAAAUGAAAGAUUUAAUUGAAGUCAAAUGGACAUUGGUUAAUGAUCCUGAUGAUAAAAAGUCCCUCAUAGCCAAAGAAAAUCGGUACAUGUGUCCAAUUACACAUGAUAUAUUAAGUAAUGCGGUGCCAUGUGCAAUAAUCAGAACUAGUGGUCAUGUUGUUACUAUGGAAUGUGUUGAAAAAAUAAUUAAAAAAGACUGGCUUCAUCCUCUUACUGGAGAAAAACUCAAAGAAAAAGAUAUUAUACCACUACAGAGAGGAGGCACAGGAUAUGCUCUUACUAAUCAAAAUCUAGAAGGCAAGAACGAAAGACCAGUAUUGCAAGCUUAGAAAUACAUAUUUAGUGUAGAAAAAAUAACUUCAGUACCUAUUUUAGAUAUAGCUGUGAAAUUUUUUAAUAUGGUUGGAUAAAAAUCAUAAUAAAAAAGUUUGGUGUCAAUAAAACAAAAUUAAGUGUAUAAAUCUAUAAUAACAAAAUAUUAUUAAAAUAUAAUUAUAUUUAUUAAA